CGAUUUUCGAAGCCCCUCUUUAGGAAAAUUGCCCGCGAGAAGUUGGAAAAAUCUCGGGAGUUUCUUGGGUGUCGCCAUUAAUGUCUUCUUCUUAAAAAUCAACGGUCCCUUCUGUCGCACCUCCAGUUUUCAACCCUCGUCCUCAACAAACCUUACAACGCCACUCCCGAACCCAAAUUUAUGGCUGGCGUCGCGCUUCUCCCGGCGGAGACAUCUCUAAACCUCCGCCUCGUCCCCUCGCCAUUCUCCCAACUCAAGCUUCAAAUCCAUCCGCCUCUUCCCCCAUCACCGGCGGUUUUCUUUUCUCGAUUGCAGGAUUGCAGGAUGAGCGCUUUCAAUCCCCACGGAGAGGAGAGGCAAGAGGAUGGCGGGGAUCCUGUUGCUGUUCGUGUCUCGUUCGAACCAUGGUUUUGAGGUUUCGUUUCUUGUUCUCGUCUGCUGUUGCAUGAUUUGGCGAGUUGGGUUUUUGAGAUGGCCUCGUCGGUUGCUCGCUUGUCCAGCGCCGCCGAUGACUGGGGCGACCGUGGCCACCUGGCCGUUUCUGUCCUCGGUGCCUCACAUGGUCGCCCGUCUUAUGCCCCUGCCGGCAUCAUGAAAGUCCACAUUCACCAGCAGAAGAAGAGGGUGGGAGGCGACGCGCCUUCCUCCGCUUCUCCUGCAGCGGAUUUGGAUCCGAUCGGAAAGGAGGAGCGCGGAGAGUCAAGGUCAUCCGCGCGACGGAGGGAGUCGCAGAUCCUCAAUAAGUGGGCGGCGCGGCAGGCGCGGGAGAUGGUGACGACCAUCGAGCGGGAGGCUCAACAAGCGGAGAUCUCCACGAUUACCACCACGGGACGGCCCGUCUCCGCUCGCGCAGGAUCGCUUCGCCGCGAGUCGUCCUUGUCCGGGUUUCUUGAAUCAUCUUCCACCGCCUCCGCCGGCUGCAGCGGCGAUUUGCGGGCCAAUGUACGGGCUUCAUCGUUGAUUCAAAUGUGGCGGGAGCUGGAGGCGGAGGCAGGGGCCACGACCAAGCACCAGGAGGCGUUCGGCGGAGUUGGUAGUAAUGCCGAGGACGCCUGCGGUGGCGACAACAACUCUGAUGUGUCGGAUGCGUUGGACACAUUCGGGGAUUGGAGUUCGGACAUGAUGUCGAUGGCUUCGACCGGGCCAGCGAAUUCCGCAUCUGCUUCUCCGAUGCACGAGAGCGAGAUGAGCCGUGUGGGGAGCAUUGUCAGGAUGCUGACGUCGAGCUAUGGAGCGGGCGGCCGCUUCGUGGCGCCGCUGAACAACGACAACAAUGGGUCCGGAAGAGAGAGCCCGGCGGCAGAUAAGGCCGAGAGGCCACGAGGCAAGGUCUCGGGGCCGUUGGGGAUGAUGAAUUCACGGCCGCUGAGAGGGCGAGGAGAGAUGGAGAGUUUUGUGGCGAGGAUGGAGCAGGAACGGCGUCGGGAGCUCGUGGCAUUGGCCGACCACCAUCACGUCUCACGCUUUGCCUAUUGCGGCCGUCUUCAGUCAAUGCUAAAGCUCAGAUCUUUCGAACGGCGAGUGGCGAUACAGGAUCAAAUGCGAGCUCCCUCAAGAAGAUUCCAAUUGGAUCAAAUGCAAAAUGGAUCCACAAUCUCAGUUAUCAGGGAACGAUUUAACCAUAGAAGACAAUGUUCUGGUAGCAAAAGGUCAUUUGUGGAGAGCUCAAGCAGUGUACAUAUUCAGUUCCCAGCCAUGAUCGAAAGCACGGAGUUUCCAAUAAGUGUGGAUGUCCAGUUCCCUGUAAAUGCUGAAAGUUCAGACACAAGCAUACAUGUUCAAUUUCCCAUGGAUGCAGAAGGCUCAGUCCAUGCUUCUCCUACCGACCAGUUUCCUUGUGAUAAACAUCAGUUGCAAGAAAUAGAUUCCCCUAGAGAUUCAACGAGCAUUCCAAUGGAAGCCUGCUCGCCUAUGCCUAAGCACAACGAACCACAGGAUGAAAACCACAAGAUUGAUGGUUCUUGGGAUGACAGAAAUUUGUGGGUGGAUAACCUUGAUUGGCAAAGGCCGCUUGAAUCGCUGCCAUCCAAUGGGUGGGAAAGUGAGGUUGCUGUCGAAGACAUGGAAACUUCCCCACGGCAAGGUCUUGGGCCUCUUGGCGGUUGGAUAGGCGAUCAACAUUCGGAGUCAUGGAGAUGGAGCAUACGAAGAAAACCUCAGUGUUAUGACUGGUUUGAGCACUUCUCAGAUAAUGUUGAAAUAAGGGAUCUCCUUGAGAGAAAAAGAGUCUCUACUUCCCUCGCAAGUGACUUUUGCAAUAAGAUGAACCAGUUGGUAUUGUCAUUUAUACAACGAAGAGAUCAGUAUUGCUCGGAUGAAAAUUUUGCAGAAAACAGCAUGGAUUAUCCAUUCUGGCAACAAAGUCUUGUAUACCAAAAUGCCGAGCCUAUUGAAUCAGACUCAUCGUCAAUGGUACCUCUGCAUUAUUACAACUUGCAAGCCCCAGAAAAAUGGCAGAAUGCUUCAUUCACAGGCCAAUCAUCUCAAAAUGUGGACAGGGAAGCCUUGAAUGACUUGAGAAGUGAGAUGACUCAAAUUCAUGAAGAAAUUGGUGAACUGAGGCUAAUGGUUCAGAAUUGCAUGGAGUGGCAGGACAAGCUCCGACAGUCGAUCAAACAGGACAUUUUGGAUGCAAUCAACCAGUCAUCAGCGAAUUCCUCUCUCAAUUUCAAAGCUAAAUCUGGAAGAAGAGAUACCUGCAGAAUUUGCUGUCAAAUGCAAGUUGACUGCCUACUUUACAGGUGCGGGCAUAUGUGUACCUGUUUCAAUUGUGCUCAUCAGCUGCAAUGGAGCAGUGCCAAAUGCCCAAUCUGUCAAGCCCCAAUCAUUGACAUCGUUCAGACAAUUCCCAAUUCAUGAAAAACGAUCGAAACUAUCAACUUGAAACUGACAUCAAAGUAAAAAAAAAAAAAACUCUCAGAUUUUGUUUGCUGAACUUGCAUGACCCUUAAGUUUGUAAAACUAUAAGCCUUAGCCAGUCUCCACUUUCUUUGAACCAUUGUAAGUAAUCUUCUUGUGUCUUCACUACUGAAACCAUGUCGAUACAAUAACAGGAAAGGGUUUCAACUGUUUGAGAUGGAUGAUGUAAAAUUUACUCCCCAUUUAACUUUAUACAAGUUUGUAUUACAAGAAACUAGCUCAAUGCUUCUGUUUGCUAUUUCUGCAGAAGGUACAUAAAUGUAUUGGGAUUGUCAAGGAACAAAAACCUUGAACAAGUGAGGUUGAUUGCUAAAUUUGCCCUAAGUUUAGUAUGUGACAUAAAUAUGGUCGAGGAUGUAAGUCGUGAAAAAUGUGCAUAUGGUUUCUGCAUUUUUGUACCACAGUUUCUUUUUAAACAAUAAACUAAUUGGUGAAAUGUUCAA